UUAUCCCAGAAAUAAAGACAAUUUUUUCUGUUAUUGCGGGCCGUGAUGGUUCUAGAUCAUUUCGAGGUGAUCACGAUGACAGAUGGGGCAACAGUUAUUCAAAUAAAUCAAGGGGUCAACGGGGACAAAGGAAUGGUCGACGUGGUAGCUUCAGAAAUUUUAAUCCUGGCUCUUCUAGGUAUAGGAACAGACCAGAUAACUCAAAUGUUGAUGAAGAUGGAGAUGUGGCCAUGGGCGGAGACACUAGUGGUGGCAGCAGAACACAGAGAUACAAUCCAUAUGGUGGCCAUAGAUCAAGGGGAAGCAAUCAGGGCAGAGGAGGAAGAAACAGAGGAGGAAGACAGAAUCAAGUGCAGAAAAGUGAUAAAUGGUUUAGAAUAAUGGUUCCCUUUGGAGCAUCUAUGACUAAAGAAGAAUUGUUCAGCUUGAUCAAUUCUGAAAUAAAAGGUCCAUUUGAACCAAUCAAGUAUUCUACGGAUGAAAAGAGGUCAUAUUUUUAUCUUAAAGGCGUAGACAUGGCUGAAAGUUUGAAACUUAUUAGUCGACGAAUUACAAAGCCAGAUGGUCAUAAAUUAAUUUUCCAUGUGUCCCCAUCACCUCCUCCUGCUGAAUCAACUAUUGAUGAGGCAAUUGUUGAAAAACUAAAGUUCCGGAUGAGCGAACGUUAUGAUCCGUCCUCUCAGGUGUUAAACUUGAGUGACUUUUCUAAUGAUGACUCACUCAGCAAAGAAAGCAUUUUCCUGCCCCUGAAUCGAGUCUCCACAAUGUCUGCAGUCACUAAAAUUAUAGGGGAACACAUACCAGAGUUAAGUGGACUUGACGUCAGCAAUAACAAACUGCUGUCAUUGAGUCACAUGGCAGACCUAGUCAAGGCUGCUCCUAAUGUGGAAUUGUUGAAUCUUGGACACAACCAACUGCGAUCUAUUGAUGAACUUGAAAAGCUCAAAGGCUGGGUCAAUAUAGUUGAGCUUACUUUGAAUGGCAAUGAUUUUUGUAGCAGUUAUUCUAAUCCUGGACUGUACAUCAGAGCUGUGCGCAAAACUUUCCCAAAGGUGGUCAAACUGGAUGGAACAGUGUACCCGCCACCCAUUACAUUUGACCUAGACACAAACCUGUCUUUACCAGUAUCCAAGGGCAGCUACUUGUUGAAUGAUGAGGUGCAGACUCUGGUGGUGACAUUCAUCAAAGAGUUUUACUCCAUCUAUGACUCGGACAGAAGAAGAGAGCUCAUGCCUGCCUACCAUGAAAAGGCCCAAUUUUCUUACUCUGUUGUCAAAAACCCUCUUUUAGAAAGACAAGUUGGGCUCACUAAUUACCUUGAUGACAGUCGCAAUUUAAAGAUAAUUGGCCAUUAUGAUGCAGAAAAGCUUUCUAAGAAAAUUAAAACAGGCAGUCUCACUGUUAUUUCCUGCCUGGAAAAUUUACCAAAAACAACACAUGAUAUAAACUCAUUUAAAGUGGAUGUUUGCAGAGCUAUACCAACCAUGUUGUGUUUUAUUCUGCAAGGAGUGUUUAAAGAAAAUGAAUCACGUUCAGACAAGCCUGUCCUUCGGUCAUUUAGUAGGACAUUCAUUACUGUUCCAUCUGGCCCAGGAAUGGUUAUUAUCAACGACAUGCUGUCUAUUUCUAAUGCAAGUCUUGAGCAGACAAGAAAUGCCUUUAAAGGAGCAGCUCCAACACCAUCUUCAAGUCCUGUUUCCAGCAGCCAGCUGCCUGCUGCUUCUUUAUCCACCAGCCAGUUACCUGGUGCACCCAUUGUCCAACUACCUACUAGAUCCUUGUCUGCAGGCCAGCUGCCAUCUCAACCACCAGUUUUUCUCAGCACAGAACAGCAACAAAUGGUGGAAAAUUUUUGCAUUCAAUCAAAAAUGAAUCAUCAGUUUUCUCUAAUAUGUUUACAAGAUAAUGGCUGGGAUUAUCAAAGGGCUGCACAAAACUUCAAUGAUUUACAUAACCAAGGCAAAAUUCCUGCGGAGGCUUUUGUCAAAUUAGAGAGUAAUAUUUGAUGGUGAAACUAUCAUGCUCAGACAAGUGGUGUUGAGAAAUGAGCUGGAUUCAAUAUUUUAUGGUUACUCUUGCUGUCUUGGUCUAUCCAGUUGUUUGCCUGUCCUGCCCUCCAUGAAGCUGACAUGGAGAGUACUAAGGGAGCUCCUAAAUAAGGGGCACUACCAGCUGCUUUGUUUCAGUACGCCUGUACAAAGCUGCUCCAAAUGUACAUUGGUCAGUCUGGAAGAUUGAUUUUACUCUAUUUUAAUGAAUGGCUGUCAAUGCAAAUGAAGUGGGAAAUGGGAUUUGAUUGUAUUGUCUAUAAAUAGUCGCCACAAACCUUUGUCACAGCAAUGUUGUUGACAACAUACACAUGACAGAAAUAUCUUGACAAUAUAACACACAUGGCAGAAAUAUCUUGACAACAUAACACACAUGGCAGAAAUAUCUUGACAACAUACACAUUACUCAUAUAGAAGCAAAACUUUUUAAGUGACAACUAGAAAAUGAGAGUAAUUACUUUUGGCAAAAUUAAUAAGACUUAGUCUAAAAAUCACCCGACAUCUUUAUUUUUUCAGUAUUACAUUUUUUCAUGGACAUUUGAGCAGUUUCAAUCUUUAAUCAAAUUGUCAAUCUCUACCCAUUUUUAAUGCAAAUGAAACUUACCUUGAUUGAAAUCUGAUUCUUACUUAUACAUUCAGCUUGAUCUGUGUGUUCAUUUGUUUUUUAAUGAAAUCUUUUUUUUCAUUUCAUUUUCUUUUAAAAUUUUUCUUAAAAUGUAAGAGAAAGUCAUUUUUGUACAUUUUGGCAAAAAUAUUGUCCAUAUUAAUAUAAGUAAAAAUAUUUUGUACAUAGUUUUUUUUCCAAUUUUACAUAAUUGCAAUGUAGAAUUAAAAGUAUAUGCAAAUUAUUUCAAUGCCAAGUUGAAUUAAACAUAUG